GCCUUAUGUUUAUUUCCCACAAUUUACUAAUCGGUAAACUGCAUAUUAAAACGUGGGAGAUUUCUCCAAUUAAUACCAGAUUUAUUAAUUAAAUAUACAAGUGGUUUAAAUCGCCCAUCUUACCUUAUCCACGAUGGAUGUUGACGCAAACAACCUGACAUAAAGAACGUCUAGGCCAUGUGUUACGGACAAGUCGCAGUGAAAACAUAACAGCAUAGUGAUCAACAUCGCGAUGGAAGUGAAACUAGACAUGCAAGUUAAACUAGAGAAACUCUUUGGAGUAAUGUGGGCGUUCAGUAUGGCAGUGCUGGCGCCGGUGCUGGCCCAGUUUCCCAUGCAGACCGGGAUGGAUUGCGGCUACCAGAUGAUUCCAUGCGCCAACGGAUACACGAUCAACGCUCAUGGAUGCAGAGUGUGCGCAACGUCUGGUUCCGGGCCUCUCAAUGGACCGGCAGGACCUUCCGGUAUGAAUAUGCAUCCCGGGGGUGACCCAUUGCACCAGGGCGGGGCCUCCUUGACCAUUGGUUCUAUGACAAACGCGCAGACCUACUCGAACAGUUUCAUAACGGCGUGUGUGGUAGGAACGGUAUGCGACCUUCAUUGUGACAGCGGCUACCUCAACGGACCAAUGAACUCUUGCCAGUUCUGUAUCUGCGCGCCUAGCAACGCAGCCACGUACAAGAAUCCCUGUUCGGGAUCACCCACCACAUGUGACCUGGUUUGCAAAGAAGGUCACGCUAAGGGCCCGGGAGACUGUGAAUACUGCCUGUGCACCAAUACCUCCCAGUCCGACGGUUCGACUGCCGCGCCCGCUGUCACUGGGCAACCGAGCGUCUCGGAGGAAGAGUGCAUCAUGAAGAUCACCAAUUGUCAGCUGCUGCACCCCUUCGGUUUCAUGACGGACGACACAUGCGACAUGUGUAUAGACAAGGACGAAAUAUAUGCGGCAUCGUUCAUCCCGCUCGAGAGGCAGCCCCAGGUUCGGCUUGUGAAUCCGUGCAUUCAGGGCUUCGAUAUCUGCAUGAUCUUCUGUACUUCUGGGUACCGCACAGGGCCCCGCAACUGCCAGUACUGCGCAUGUAACAACUGAUCUGGAACAUCCGGUGACUUGCAAACAGCGGCCCUGGCACCUGGACACUCAUGUUGCACUAAUUGAUUGUGGACUCGAACGAACACUCUUGGUGGCCGUUAAUUUUACACUAUAAAAUCAACAUUUCUGUACAUUUUACAAAUAAACCGAUCUGACAUAG